CUCACAACAGCUGUUCCCUGGAGGGGUUGGGGAAAGUUUUUAAUAUCAUUUACGCGGAUUGAUUAGAUUAGUGGGGAUUAAUUUAUUUCGACGACACCACCCAGAUAUGGAUAAAAUUAAGUACAUUCUAAAAAGCUACGAAUCAUGGGUAGAAAAAAAUCCUCAAACUAUUGGCGACUUUGAGAUGACUGCAAAAUGGGCUUCAUACUUUGUAGCAGGACGGAUAACCGAUUCCUCAAUAGCCACAGAACUUGUGUACUCUCUGUCGAAUCUUCUUGUUUUAUAUAAUGAUCGUAUUUUAUCCAAAAUACGUUCAGAAUCAAACGAAUAUUCUUCUGUGGCGGAGACGACGGGAACUGAAAAUUUCAGCUAUCGUCUAAAGGUCAUUCUAACCACCCUAGAGUACACUGAGGUUUUUAUUGAAAUAUCCGCGAAAAGAUUAUUUGGUCCCAAGGGUAAAUGGGUUUUCAUCACCUUGUUGCAAUGCUUUAAAGCAGCAGGAAGGUAUUUUAUUUUAAAGCAUUCCUCCGUACGGAUAGUAACAUCACCAGCCCUGCCGCCGCUCAAUAGGAAAUCGUUGUUAAAAAAAUCCAACGCCACCUCAAGUACAAACCAAUUUGGAUCCGAUGAGCAUAGCGUUACAUUCAAGUUGAAGAGAUCCGGUCGAUUAAUGCGAAAAGUUGAGGGCGCUCCCCCGCUACAAUAUCGCACAUUUAAAUUAGAAGAGGAAGUGCUUACAAUGCAAAAGCGCCAGCAUCCCAAAGCUCUAUUGCAAGCAGAGUACCUAUACAUAGCCAAACCUUUGAUACACUUGGUGUCAAUGGGUUUAUUUGGAGAAAAAUCUUGGAAACAGUAUGUUGUUUCAUUAGCAGUUGACUUGGCUAGUAUUAAAAUGUAUCACAAGAACCGUCAACAAAUGUCCAAGGAACAGCAGCGCAUACUGUCUCAUCGUUGCCUUAACUUGUGCAUGUACUUGAUGCGGUCGCCCUUUUAUGAAAAUAUCACACAAUCUCGUCUUGAGACUUUGCUCAAUUUGUUAGGCCGAGUGCCAAUAGCAAAAAUGUUAGCUGGUCCCUUAAGAGAUUAUAUACCUCACUGGCAAUCAAUAUAUUUCUAUAUUUGGUCCACAUAAUCCAUUCCUUCAUUUUUAUAGAGUUAUAAGUGGUUUAAGUAGUUUAAGUCUUAAUGACGUCUGUGGUAAAAUGGGUAUUUUGUAAGGGGCGAACUGUUUUAAUACAUUUCAAGCGAAUGCUUGGAUGGACGAUGAUGUUAAUAAAUGUUUGGAGAAACUAAGUAUUUUUAUACAAAAAUAUAAAGAUUUUUUUCUUCCAGUAGAGAUCAUGCAUUAUGCAAAACGAAGAUGGAAAUUCAAAUUUGUUUUGAAAAUUUUCCCAAGGUAUUUUUACAAAACGAGGGCAAAUAUGAAGUAAUUUUUAUAAGUUAGAAAGGUAAUUAUUUCCCUUAUUCCCGUUGUCGAGGCCGAAAAUCGACAGCAGUCGUAGUCGAAAGCGAAUAUCAAAUUUAGUGGGAGUUGUUGUAGCAGUUUGUUGUGUUCUAUAUUUCGUCUGCUUGAUUCUGUGUCAAGAUCCGGGAACUCUGCGACUAAGAUGGGGUGCGACCACAGGGAUCUGGGUCUUAAUCGAGUGGGUCUGGCUGGGCAGUUAAACAGGUGACGUGUAUCGUGCGGUCCCUGGUUACAAUCAAGACAUACAUCUCGCCCGUCAGCUUCAAUCCUUUCUCUGUAGGAGUUGAGGCGACUGCAUCUGGCGGAACGUAAUUGAGCCAGAAGUACUCUGUUUUGCCGGGGGAGGUCAAUUUCAUUUAGUAAUAUUCAAUCGUUUCCAGACUUACGUGAUACCAAAAAUGUAAACGAUUAUCGGGGAAGGUCGGAAUCGGAAGCGUUCCGGGUAAUCGAGUCAAAUUUUUUUCUCGUUUUUAAAUGCAUAUUUGUAUUUUUUUAUUACGCACACUAAAGCUGAGUAUUCUGUUUAGUAUUUCAGGUGGAAUGCUGUAAAACUCUAUAUAAAAAAACGUCGGCGAAACGCUGGAGGAAAAUAGGCGAAAAAGUAGUACUCUGUUUAUAGUGAGGAAAAUGGCAAAAAGAAAUUUUAGUGACAACGCUUGACACUAUUGUCGGCAUCAUUUUUGUUUUAUUGGCUUUAAUGGAUGGUUUUUGCAUUAUGCAAAACGAAGAUGGAAA